AUGGGUUAUAAAGAAAUUUUGUUUGCCGCUUUCUUAGUGGCGAAUGCGCACGCGCAGAAUAAUAAUUUUUGCAUUCCUUCUACGAAUAACGUUCUGUGCCAGAGUCUAGAUAGAGAUGGAAGCCAAGCUGUCUGCGAAUCCGUUGAUUCUAAAAUCGACUGUGCAAUCAAGUUGGCUAGAGGACAAGCUGAUAUUGGUGUGUUUUCUGAAGAAGAAAUGGUACUCCUCUCUCAGCACCAGCCAAAUAUUAAUCGCGUGGUAGCUUCCAUCAGGGAUGUGUCCAGAACUAAUGAACAAUUCGCCUUUGAAGCUGUGGCUAUUGUACCAGCAAGUCACACAGGUGGGCUCGAAGGUCUUCGAGGUGGCAGAUACUGCCAUCCUGGAUUUGAUCAAACUGAACUUCGCUGGUCUCCUCGUGUGUUGAAGACUUUGGAAAAAGUGGCCGCAAAAACAGACGUCUGUCCUGAUGUAGACACAAAUGGCAAGACUGCUGAGGAGUUGGAAGUGGAAGCCGUGAGCCGUUUCUUUGGUAGUGCCUGCCGUCCAGGGCCUUGGAGUGCAAAUACCACAAUCGACGCAGAUCUUAGAAAUCGUUAUCAAUCGCUCUGCUCUCUCUGCGGUCUAAACUCAAAUUGUUCAACAUACACUAUUGAUAUGGGCCCUAAUUUGGCUGGUGUUCAAAACAACAACAGACAUAUCCAAGCGUUGGAAUGCUUGAGAUCCAGCUUCAACAGUUCUACCAGCAGUGAUGAUAACAACAGCAAUAGAGGUGUUGCGUUUGUUGCGUGGCAGCAUGCAAGAGAUUUCUUCAACUUCCGUAACCCGCAAGAAGCAACAUCAUACGCUGCACUCUGCGAAGACGGUUCUACACGAGUGUUGACAACUGAAAUUUUAUCUUCCCAAACAGCCCCUUGCUCUUUUGUUAGACAACCCUGGGGAGGCAUUGUCGCCACCACGUCGAGAGCAGAUGAAAUCGCGGCCACUUUACAACAGUGGUGGCCGGAUGGUACUAACCCUGCAUCCAACACGUGGCAGUCAUCAUUGUUCCUUGGUAUAGUGGGAGGUGUCAACGCGAGAGUGACAUUUGGACAAGUCAUGUCACCACAGAACUAUACUGAGGGAGCUCGAUCCUUUCCUACUGUCGAUGCAUCUUCGACUUGCCUUUCUCCUCUUCGCUGGUGUACGAUUUCUAAUGAAGAAUACAAUAAAUGUAUGUGGAUUAGAAGCGCAGCUCACACGUUGGGCAUCGAACCUGCUAUCUCUUGCCAACGACGAAACAACAUCUUUGGCUGCUUCUCUGAUAUAAGGAACAAUACUGCUGACUUCAUCGCAGCUGCUUCAAACUAUGGAUACCUUACACGACAACAUUUUAGAUUAUCUCCAGUGAAGUUAAUUCAGAACUCUCGUAGCAACGCAGCAGCCUUCUCUCGCAUCGUCGCAUUACUCAGAGAAACUUCUGCUUCCAACGACAUCACACGUUUUGAGAACCUUCGCAAUAGAAAAGCUUGUUUCCCAGAAUUUGGGGGGAUUGCAUACGUUUCCUUCUUGCAAGUGGCGCACGAGCGCAGCAUUAUUAGUGCGUCAGAGUGUGACUAUGGAAGGGCAGUGGGAGAGUUCUUUGAAAGCGCUUGUGCUCCUGGUGCCACUGACAACAGCCAUGCCCUUGGUGAAAGCAGUUACAACGCGACGAAUUUGUGUAACUUGUGCAGAUCCCACCAACCUGAUGUUUUCACAUGUCAGUACGACUACAAUAACUUGUACUAUGGAAACAAUGGUACUAUGAGAUGUCUCGCUGACCCAGCCAGUGAUGUUGCGUUUGUUGAUCUACAUAACAUUGAAGCGCAUCUCCGAGACGCUGGACUCCAACCAAACCAAGUACGAGCGCUCUGCAGGAACAACACUCUAGCCCUCUCUACCGGCAUCAAUAUCGAUGAGAACUGCCUCUUGGCUUUUGUUGUAGACUCUGAAGUUCUAAUGAGAAGAAACGACCCACUCCUAAACACUAUUAAUGCUUUCCUCGACACAUUGGAUUUGUUCUUUGGAUACAACACAGGCUCUCAGUUAAUCAACUUGGAGAUGUACUCUCCCCUCGAUGGAAUUAGCAAUUUGUUAUUUAAAGACACAGCUGUAGGACUCUCAGAGCCAUCUAGUGACUCCAGUAAUGAAGCAGCGCGUAAUUACAAUGAAUUGUUCAGACACUUAGACUCGUGUACCAGUGCUGCCCCCGUGCCUGGAAUGGCUAAUAGAAAUAUUAUAUCCAUUAUCACUUUAUUCGUAAUGAUAUUUACAACUAAAUACGUUUUGAAC